GUGUUGUCGUUCAGUGAAGCUGGGGUGCAGCACGCUGGUUAGUCGAAUCCGCUCCGCUGGCGCGCAGGCGUGCCGUCGGCGGCAAGUUUUCCACUUCUUUCCCUCUCCAUCUGCACUCCAUUUGGCGCUGCCUUACUGGCGGACUGGGCAAAACGUUUUUUGGGUACACAGAGGUUGAUCGUGUAUCAAGAUGGGGCGUUGCCCGCACAACAAGAAGGGAAACAGGAAGGCUACGCUGCACAAAACGGCGAAAAGGACAAGAUUCCUCAGCAAAGAUAUCCUUUCCCGGUACUUUGGGUCUGCUGCAAUUCGAGAGGAGCACUACAAGUCCAAGCCACAUAAAAAGAGGGCAAAGGUGAUGAAAGGACCGGCACCUCACACACAGGCAGACGCGGACUGGGCUGGGGGAAUGGGGGCUCCUGAUAAUGGACCAAGGCUGCGGCCGUCCGAAGUGGCAGUUUCCAUGGCCAUGUGAGCCGUGCUCUUAAUAAUCGAGAUCGUGCAGCCAUUGUUUUUGGUUAAGCAAUCAAGAUGUCCACAGCACUUCAGUUUUGUUAAGCAGCCCUUCAUGAGCGCGGCAAGUGGAAUUACUAAUUGGGUACAUGAUGAUGAUUAGAAUUUAGAAGGAAGAGCUAAGAGUUGUUCGCGGACGGGUUUUCAAAUUCGCCUUUCUGUGCUGUAAUUAACCGAUCAUUCUUCCUUGUUGUUGUUGUUGUUGUUGUUGUUGUUGUCCAAUCAAAAGUGUUCCAUGAUUCCAUCCCUCUGUAUUACCCUGUUUGGUGCGAAAAAGGUUAGGUGGGCGAAAUAUGCGCAUGGAUUGGCAGUUGGUACUGCCAGGGUGGUUGUAGCAAUUGUGGUAUGGGUCGUGAUCGGAGGGUCGGGGUCCUCGAUGGCCGGCGGGACGAUCUCUUUCCAGAAUCCGGUUCCGCGUAGUCGUUGGACGAUCUGCUCCCCGUAGCAACCGGAGGAUCUGGGCCUCACUGUGUGCUAUGGGUAGCGAUCGGAGGGCUUUUUCGGAAACGCCCAGGAAGAAAGGCUAUAUGACCUGCAAUUGCUACAGCGUAGCCUCCAAUCACUGAAUGCAAAGAUCCGAUUCCUCAUAAGCCGUCGGAUCGGAUGAUCUCUUUCCAAGAUUCGGUUUCGGAUAGCCGUUAGAUGGUCUAUUCUCCCUAGCAACGGGAUGAUCUGUGCCCCAUUCUGUGACAUGGGUAGCGAUUGGAGGGUCCUUCCGAAGACUCAUCGAAACCGGAUUACGUGGCAUGGGUAGCGAUCGGAGGGCCUUUCAGAAGCUAUGCAGUCUGUGAUUGCUGGAGCGUAGCCUCCAUUUACUGAAUUCAGAGAUUCGGGACGUCAUGGCCGUCAGAUGAUCUGUCUCCCAGAUCCAGUUCCAGAUAGCCAUUUGAUGAUCUGUCCCCGGUCGUCGUAACCGGACGAUCGUGGCCUCACUGUGUGCUUCCUGUUGUGUGCUCUGUCUAUGACAGUGUAAAGAUUGUGAUGUGGUUCUUGAAAUUGCAUGCAUGCAGUUGUUCUAACUCGCGCUCUCGCCGUCGAUUGGCUUGCUAUUUAUUGGUAAUGAUGAUCACGUAACCCAGUAGCAAUCAAACGAUCUGGUUGUUGGAGUGUGCUUGCUGUUAUGCUUGCAAAGUUUUAACGGCCUGUCACGGUGCAGGGAAUGGGAAUCAGUUCUUGGCAUUGCAUGCAUGCAUGCAGUCAUAAUCUUACAGCUGUCGUUGUUGCUUUGGAUCUCUGCUCAAUGAUGUGGCCCAGUGGUUGCUUUCGGGUUUGAGCUCCCAUGCGCUAAUCCGCCCGCCCCUUGCUUGGCUUGUCCUGCAUCUACUUACUGUUGUAAACACUGACUGAAAUGUCAAAACCCAUUUUUUGAGGGGAGAUGAAGGGACCAUGUUUUCAAG